UUGUCUCGAGUCGGAUAUUCACCGCUGCAUAACGCAAAAGCCAUGACUGUCGCCGAAUAUUGGAAGGGUGAUUACCUCUACUGGUUCUUCUUUGUGAUCAUAAUUAUCGGUUUCCUCACAUUCCUCGCUUUCGUCAGUGUGCUCUACGCUAUCCGACUAUACGCAAAAUAUACUUGCGGUAUCUAUAAAGGGAAUACGAAAAUGGAUGGAAAGACUGUUAUAAUAACUGGAUGCACGAGCGGUAUUGGUAAGGAAACCGCAAGAGAACUGGCGAAGCGAGGGGCAAGGGUAAUAAUGGCGUGCAGAAAUAUCGAGGCAGCGGAGGAGAUCAAAAAUGAGAUAAUCGAGACGACGAAAAAUGAAAAUGUAUUAGUCAAGAAAUUGGACUUAAGUUCUUUCGCCUCCAUACGCGAGUUUGCUGAGGACGUCAACAAGAAUGAACAGCAUCUUGAAGUCCUUAUCCAUAACGCUGGUUACGCAGAAAGUUUCAAGAAAAACAAAUCAGUAGACGGCAUUGAACUCACAAUGGCCACCAACCAUUACGGUCCCUUUCUUCUGACGCAUCUCUUGAUAAAAUUAUUGAAGAAAUCCUCUCCAUCCAGAAUUGUUGUGGUUGCAUCAUCACUGUACCGUUUCGGAUCUGUCAAUUUGAACAAUCCAAAUCCAGUUGAUACUUUUCCUGGAUACUUGUACUACGUGUCUAAAGAAGCUAAUAUACUCUUCACGAGGGAAUUGGCGCGACGCUUAGAAGGAACGGGUGUCACAGCUAACUGUCUCCAUCCUGGAUUAAUUGACACUGGGAUAUGGCGUUCGGUUCCAAGACCAUUGAGCUGGGGUCUUAAUUUAAUUAUCAAGGGUUUCUUUAAGACGCCGGUCCAAGGAUGCCAAACGUCAGUUAUGCUUGCAGUCGACGAAAACCUUUUAAAGGUAACUGGAAAAUACUUUUCAGAUUGCGAAGAAAGUUCUUUGUCCAGCUCAGCAAGCGACAUGGGCAGGGCAAGAAAACUUUGGGAGAUUUCUGAAAGGAUGGUCAAAUUGGAAGAAGAUGAUCCUAGGAUCUGA